AUGUAUUCGUCACAAAAUCAAUCUAAAGCGUGGCGAUUCUUCGAAAAACAAAGAAACGGACAAACUGUGACCUGUAAACUGUGCGGAAGGAGCAUAAAGUUCCAUUCUUCGACCACAACGAUGCAUCAGCACUUAAACAGUCACCACGAAAAAGAAGUUGAAAAAAUGGAAAGAUCGAGCUAUGUGUUCUUCGACUGUGCCUUUCCGAUUCCUCAAAAACAAACAUUUUCGAGAGUUCGAAAGCUUAAUCCAGAUCAUCAAAUUCUGACGCCUGAUUCUCUUAGAAAAAAAUUAGCAGACAAGGAAAAGGAAUAUGUGGAAAUUAGUAAAAAGUCGAUGAAAAAUGCUGAGAAGGUCUGGAUUUCUGUAGAUGGAUGGAGCGCAAAAUACAUGGAUAGUACUCUCUAUGCCGUUUUUGUGUUUUAUGUUGAGAAUUUCGAGCGAAAGUCGAAGGUGAGCUAUGCUACAAACAUCAUAGAAACAAACAAGAUUAUUUCCAGCUUCUGGGAAUCGAGCCUAUCAGCGCGUCUGCAACGGCAGCUAAUGUCGGCAGGCUUGUUGUUGAUUUACUUCACAAAUUUGGCAUAA